AUGGAUAAGAAAAAACAUAAAUACAAUACCAGAAGUGUUUCUGGUCAACAAGAUGAUAACAACAAUCAAGAAAAUGAGGAAAAUAUGAAUUUUAUUCCUACGGCUAGCAACAUACAAAAUGAAAAUAAUACAACUAUGAAUAUAGAAGAAGAAAUAAAGGUACCUUUGGUACCAGUGCACGCAAGUAAAAAAAGAGCUGUUAGAGAGUCAUUUGAAGAAGAAACAGAAAUAAAUAUUAGUAAUGUUGUUAAACCAGGGUCAAGUGUUUCAUUUGUGGCAGAACCAAAAUACAAAGAAAUUACAGACGGUGUAGAGGAUGAUGACUUAUAUAUUGAGGAAGAAUUUGUAACAGUAAAGAAUAAAAAGAAUAAAAAUGAUAGAGUUAAAAAAGUAUUUGUAGAGAAACCUAAAAAUAUCUCUCCUAAAAUCUGGCGUAAAGAAACUGGUAUAAAACUUUUUAAAGUUUCUGUUGAAGCGGAAAAAAUUAAGGGAAAAUCACCUUUUGCGAAAAUUCUCAUGGUUAAAAAUCUCCUUUUUCAAAAUCAAAUUGAAGUGAUUCUUGGAAAAAUUGAAACAACCAAUAAAAUUAAAAAUAUAGUAAUAUAUCUUUUGAAUGAAGAAGAAGUACAAAAAGCAAAAAAAGUAAAUCUAGGAAAUACUGAAAAUCACAUUUAUAUGCAAGACGUGGUGGAACAGUUACCUAAUGAAUAUGAUAAAUUGUGCAAAUGGAAAAUUUGGGAUAUUCCUUUAUAUGUAAAGAGAAAUGAUUUAAUGUUACAUCUUAAUCAUUUUGGGAAAGUGAAACAAUUACAUUUAACAACAAAAGACAUGUGGCAAUUAGGUCACGUGGAAUUUGAAAAUGUGGAGGUCGCAGAAAAAUUAUCAACAGAAUGGUCGAUUUGGAUCGGAAUGGAUUGUUUAAGAAUUACAUCAGGUGAUACUAGUUAUGAAGAAUUAAAUAAUAGAGGUAAAUGGGCAGCAAAGUUAACCCAAUUACCUAGAGGAAUGACAGCAUUGGAUAUCAAACAAAUUGUUAAAGAUAUUAAAGGUCGUACAAUUUAUAUUCCAAGAACUAGAGAAGGAUAUAAAAGAAAAAAUUAUGCGAUUAUUUCGUUUGAUACAGAAGAAGAAAUGCAGAAACACCAGCACAGUACAAUGAAAUUAACGGAGGAAAUCACAAUUAGGAUGGUUCCUAUGAUAACACCUCUUUGUUUCAUUUGUAGUUCAGAUUUACAUAAAGCAAAAGAAUGUAAUGUAAAUAAAUAUCGUAAACAGUUAGUUUUUAAUAAGAAGGAAAAAAUCAAACAAUUUGGUAAUUUGUAUAAAAAAUAUAAACCAAAUUAUUAUUCCAAUCUAAUAAAAACUACUCCAAACCAAAAUACUUACGCAGAUAUAGUUAAGAAGAAAGCUAAUAAUGUUGAAAAGGAUAUUAAUAAGAAUAAAAUUGAAGAACAACACGAAGAAUUUGAUGAAUUUAAUCAAAAUGUAAUAGAAACAAUGGAUUUGUAUACCGCACAAAUUGAAGAGUUGCGUGGGGGAAUGGAAGAAGUAGCUAAAGUUUUGACAGAUAUAGCAAAAAGACUCUCUGCAAUUGAAAAUCACAAUAUGUCUAAAGGAUUAGCUGAUCUGGCUAAUACAGUAAAAGGGUUAGGAACUAGAGUCCAUGGUAUAAGUGGACGUUUGGACCGUAUACAGUCUGGAAACCAAGACAGACAUUAUCCAAAAACUAAUUGGGGAGCUCCUCGAUGGGUUAGUAUUCCUUUCCAGCAACUUUUUGCUCAGAUUGGUCAAAAAGAGAUGGGCGGGGACAUGACCAUCAGUUGUUUUAG